AAAACCAAUCGGUUCAACAACGAAAAACCUCGCCUUGCACUCGUUCCCGAUCGCGCCCCGCACUCUUUCCCCGAUCGGUAGCCCACCUCUCCCUCGUUCCCUCGAUCCCCAUGAACCAGCCGCCCAUCCCCUCGAUCCCCAUCCCCACCCCCUCCAUCUCGUGAUGCACACGAUCUCCCCUAUGUUCUUCCCACCCGGCCAGGCAGGGAAGCAGUUUCAUGAUCCGCCGCCAGCCGUGCUCGCGCGGGGGGAGGGAAGCCGCCGCCGGCCGUGCUCGUGCGGGGGGAGGGAGGCCGCCGCCGGUCGUGCUCGCGCGGGGGGAGGGAAGCCGCCGCCGGCCGUGCUCGUGCGGGGGGAGGGAGGCCGCCGCCGGUCGUGCUCGCGUGGGGGAUGGAGGCCGCCGACGGCCAUGCUCGCGCGGGAGGAGGGAGAACCGAUGUGGGUGGCCUGCGAGAUCGCGCGCCUGCCGGAGGAGCUUGUCUCGGCGGCGCUGGCCCGCACGUCCCCGCGAGACGCCUACCGCGCGGCCGCCGUCUCCCGGGCCUUACGCGCCGUGGCCGACUCCGACGAUGUCUGGGAGGGCUUCCUGCCCCCCGACGGCUUCCUGCCGCUCGCCGACGUUUCAGGAUGUGGCCAUUGGCUCGCGGGGAAGAAAGCAGAAACCGGUAUGGCGAUGGUGCCAAGGAGGACUCUCAGGCGUCCGCUGGUUGCAUCGCUGCUGCCAUACCCAUGGAGUGGCGCGGCUCCAACCAAUCUAAGAUGGUAUUCCUAUCUCUUUCUUUCUUCAGGAAUCGGUACUACAAUAGAACUUGAAUCCGAUGAGGAUGGAGGACAUUUAGUUUUGGUGGAGACAUCAGAUCACUUCUCUAGCACUCGGACAAACAGUAGUUUGCAGAUUGAUGAGUUGUUUCCAGUUCCUUUGGCAGAACGGCGGGGGCGGCUGGAGCUUGCAGAACGGCGGCGGCAAAGGCUAGAGCUUCCAGAUCGACAGCCCAACCUAAGCAACAGCUCCAAGGAGGACGCCACCAAGUGCUUGGUCUCGCUGGGAGACCUCAUCGAUGUCGAGAAGUUGGGAGGCGGUGUUGCUGGCAGUGCCACGCUGCACCUCCGUGUCACCGGCAUGGCUACUGCAGGUAAUAUCACAAAUAUUGUGUGAUAACAUCAAUAUCAAUCUCUCAAGGUAGGAAGAAAGAGAGGAACAUGAUGAAAAUUGUAUUGCCGGUUUUAGCAGGCGUGCUGGUCCUCACAUGCUUACCCAUUGUUGGAUAUUGCUUGAAUAAAAAAACAACCAGUGUAACCUAGGCGUGUACUAAUGUUCGAUGUACUCUUUUCUCUUUAAUAUUACUCCAUUGUUUGUGAGUCCC